GCGGGCGGCGGGCGGCAGGCGGGGGACAGGAUGCAGAUGCCGGGGGGACUUCCUGCGCCGGCCCCCGCCCCCCGGCCCGGCCCACUGCCCGCGCGGACGCACGGCCGGCCGGCCGCACACCCAGGCGGGAGGGCGAGGGAACGGGGACCCCGGCCCAGCCGCGGCGCCCGCCUCCCGCCCCCGCCCGCGGGCUCCGGGCACCUGUGGCCGCUGGCGGACCCUGGCCGGACCCGGCUGCCCGGGCUGAGCCGACCAGUGUCGCCGGCCCUCGCCGGCCCCAGACUGGGCCACCCGCGCCUUCCGCCCGAGGGGCCGCCCCGAGGCCCGCGGCGCGCGCGAUGGCCCUGCCCGACCUGCCCUGAGCCCAGGGCGGCCUCGGGCUCUGAUUCCCCCCGCCCCCCGCCCCAGGGGCCCCACACCAACUUCUCUUGAACUCCGCUCUGCGCCUCCUUUUGGCCUGGGCGACCUCGGCAGCCCUGACAGCCGCAGACCCUCCCGACUGCCCAGAAAGGGCACCGGUGGCCCACCGCCUCCCUGCUCUUUCUGGAUGGAGGCGUCUCUGAAAGGAGCUGGUUGAACGCUUUGGCCUUCACCUUCCAGCCCCUGCUGACCACGCCCUCCCUAGUGCAGAGGCUGCUGUGGGGAGCGGGAAAUGCCGUACCAGCACAGCCAGCUCCCCGGGCUCUGGGUCUGACCACCAGGAUGGAGCUGGGGCCAACGACCAGGACCUUCAUGCUGGAGCUUCAGUGUCUUCAGGAUGGAGGCUCAGGGCCUGACACCCUCUCAGGUGGCAGUGGUGGGAGUGAGAGUCAGGAGGAAGAAGAGGCUCAGGAAGAGAGCAGCAGCCCCCAACGGCCAGCAAACUCAGCCUCGAUGGGGGUCACUGAAAUCACACAGGAAGCCCAGCCAGGACAGCAGGGCUUGCAACUGCAGCAGACAGAACAGCAGCAAGAGCUGCAGCAGCCACAGCCCCCAGACCACCCAGUAGGACAGCAGACAGAGCUACAGCAGCAAGACGGGCAAGAACAACUGCUUCAACAGCAGCAGGAGCUGCAGGAAAAACCUCAACCCAUGCAACACCGCCAGCUGGAACCACAGGUGCAGCCGAGGCAACAGCAAGGACAGUUACAAAGGCAGCAAGUACAAGAGCAACAGGUGUUGCAGCAGCAGCAGGAUGGGCAGCAGCAACUGCCUCAACAACAGCAGGAACAGCAGGAAGAACCCCAACCCAUACAAUGUGAGCACCUAAAGCCACAUUUGCAGCCAGUGCAACAGCAGGGACAGUUACAAGCCCAGGAAGUGCAAGAGCAGAAACAGUUACAACCACAGCAGCUGCUACAACAGCUGCAACAGGAUUUGCAACAGCAGAAACUGUUACAACAGCUGCAACAGUCACAGCAGCAGCAGGAACAGUUACAGCAACAGCAGUCACAGCAGCAGCAGGAACAGUUACAGCAACAGCAGUCACAGCAGCAGCAGGAACAGUUGCAGCAACAGCCAUCACAGCAGCAGCAGGAACAGUUGCAGCAGCAGCAGCAGUUACAGCAGCAGCAGCAGGAACAGUUGCAGCAGCAGCAGCAGCAGCAGGAACAGUUGCAGCAGCAGCAGCAGUUACAGCAGCAGCAGCAGGAACAGUUGCAGCAGCAGCAGCAGCAGGAACAGUUGCAGCAGCAGCAGCAGCAGCAGGAACAGUUGCAGCAGCAGCAGCAGCAGCUGCAAGCCCAUCCACUGGAGCCAGAGGAGGAGGAGGAGGUGGAGCUGGAGCUUAUGCCAGUGGACCUGGGAUCAGACCAGGAACUGGAGCAGCAAAGGCGGGAGCUGGAGCGACAGCAGGAACAGCGGCAGCUGCAGCUAAAACUGCAGGAGCAGCUACAGCAGUUGGAGCAGCAGCUGGAGCAGCAGCAGCAGCUGGAGCAGCAGCUGGAGCAGCAGCAGCUGGAGGAGCAGCAGGAGGUGCAGCUGGAGCUGACCUCAGUGCAGCUGGGGGCCCAGCCACAGGAGGUGCAGCUGGAGCUGACCCCAGCGCAGCCCGAGCUGCAGCUGGAGCUGGUGCCCGCUGCUGGGGAUGGCGGGGCUCCCGCCGCAGUCGUGAUGGCCCCUCCGGGCUACGUGGUGCUGCAGGAGCUUAUGGUGCUACCGGCCAUGGCGACGCCCGCGGUGAUGGCCAUCCCUGGCCCGGCGGGCAGCGCGGCCCUGACCCCUGCCCGGCAGCGGCGGCGGCGGCGCGCCAGGGACCGGCCAACCAUCUGCGGGGAGUGCGGCAAGGGCUUCAGCCGCAGCACUGACCUGGUGCGGCACCAGGCCACGCACACGGGCGAGCGGCCCCACCGCUGCGGCGAGUGCGGCAAGGGCUUCUCGCAGCACUCGAACCUGGUGACGCACCAGCGCAUCCACACGGGCGAGAAGCCCUACGCCUGCUCCUACUGCGCCAAGCGCUUCAGUGAGAGCUCGGCGCUCGUGCAGCACCAGCGCACGCACACCGGCGAGCGUCCCUACGCCUGCGGCGACUGUGGCAAGCGCUUCAGCGUCUCGUCCAACCUGCUGCGCCACCGGCGCACUCACUCCGGCGAGCGGCCCUACGUGUGCGAAGACUGCGGCGAGCGCUUCCGCCACAAGGUGCAGAUCCGGCGCCACGAGCGCCAGCUGCACGGCGCCGGCCGCUCGCGGGGCCUGGGCCUGCUCCGUGGGGCGCGCGCAGCUGCUGUGGGGCAUGCCGACGGGGCGGCGGACAAGGCACCGUGACAUGAGGGCCCAGGCUGGGAGGCGCGGCUGCCCAGACCGGGAAGCCCUGUGUUCCUUUCCUGGGGACCUUAUGAUCCCGGCCCGCGGGCCCCGCACGUCCUGGUACACCGCUGGGAAAAGGCUUCCAUCUUCCUCCCAGAUGAACUGGUUCACAAAUUCACCUUCGGAAGCGUCCUACAAGGAAAGGCCCACGUGGCCGAAAGAGCACAGGUGCCAUCCCUCAGCAGACCCCAAGCAGUACUGAGUUGUUACUGGGUACUGGUUGGUGCAAAGUCUGCCAGAGUUUUUCUCGGGAAAAUUGGAGUUCGUAGAAAUGAGAGCCGCAGAAGAAAACUUCCAGUCACAGAUGUGACAGUUGGUGAUAUUUGAUACAGAUUGAGCACUAACCAGGGAACCAAAUAUAUAUGGUAAAAAGCACAUGAAAAGGAUUUGUUCCUGGUAAAAAUUAUUUCAAGAAAGGAAAAUGGGAGGAAAAAGAAAGGACACUUAUCUGCACUAUGUAGAAAACUGAUCAAGGCAUCAAAUUGUCAAAAGUGGUAUUUGCCUUGAAAAUACUUUCUAGAAUGACAAUUCAUCAGGGUGGAUAUAAUCCUGCUUAAAAUCUUUGUGUUCAUAAGCACAGGGUCAGAGUGUCCACUGGGUCAAUGUGCAAAUGCAGGAAGUCCUGCUUGGGGUGGAAGGAAAAACCUCCCCUCUGGGGUAACCCAAGGUUUCUGCAAGCUGGGGGUCUGCUCUCUGCUGCCAUGCUCCCAGGCCUACAGUGGCCAUCAGUGUCCUCUUGAAUAGAAGCCUAUGGCUGAAGCAGAGGGCUUUCUGGGAGUUCUCUCCAAGGUCCCAAGGAGUGGUUCCCCCUCUCCCUAAGAGCUCCAGGGCAACCCCACCCUGGCCUCCAGAGAUCCACCAGCUUUAGGCUUCUCAGACACUUGUCCCCGGGAUGAGUCUAUGGGAUUGGGACCCAGAGACCCAGGGGCAGGGUUCCCCUGAGCUAGGCUAUGCAGGGGGCUGGCCCCAGCAGACCCUGCCUCAUCACUGGGGGCAGUCGAAGAAUGUUGGGGACAAGGGUUGGAGGCAAUAGAAAUGCUCUGUAUGAUGUUUACAAAAUUGUCUGGGAGCACAGCACAUCCCUGAUGGCUGUGGGAAGGCAGGAUGGUGGGGAGGUGCCUGCCAUCUCUGCCCCCAGUGCUUCCUGCUCCUGACUGCCCGUGUGUAGCUGCUUAGAUCCUGCCCCUCUUUUCCUCCUUGCUUCUCCUUUACUAACACCGUCUGCUACAUUUAACAAAUGUGUUGGUAAGUGAGAAACAAAAAAUGAAAAAUAAAUUUAAAUGAAGAAAGA